UGUGCCUGGGAGAAUAUCUCAGGAUGCCACAAAGUUGUUUAACAUUUUAUUAAUACAGAAACAAUACCGGAAAAAUUGCCAGUAUGUCGGUUGAUGAUUUUGAACGUAGGCCCUCCCACCGCGACAGUCGGGGCAGCGUGGGAGGUCUCAGCAAGAGGUCCACCAAGUCGGCUGCCUCCAUUCUGCGCGGACACACAAUACCUGUAUAUCGAGCCCCAGUCCUCGAGAACAUGGACCAUGUCUCUGGUUUUAAAACGGAAGUGGAGCAGUCACUCGCCAAAUCCAUGUCCAGUGUGUUCCGUCAGAGCACUACGAGCAGACGCUAUAUGGAUACCACUCUUAUGGACCACGAGGAAUGGGUGCUGCGUGCAAAAAACUUCAGAGACGAGGCGGAUGUCAGUCAACACCCCAGCUACAACAUUAAGGCGUUCUCUUACGAUCUUAAUUGUUAUGUGAGAUAUUUGGAGGCAAAGGAGAAGUAUGACAGGCAGUUCCACCGAGAAAUGCAAUUCUUUAUAGCCUCUCAAUCCAAGGCCAUCAAUCAGUUUGUUCUAAGGCGCGUUUUCUGCUACAAUAGUCUUUGGCCGCCACUGCAUACAAAACGGGAACUGAACCGAUUUGUUACAAAGUUCUUUCAGCUGACACCCAAACAAAAGGAUCGCCUGAACUAUCUCAUGAAAACCGAUCUGAGUUUGGGAUCGUAGACCCUCAAGAGAGCAAACAGAACGCACGUAGGAAGCGUUGAUAAAAUUACAAAUGCAAUCGUGCUGAUUACUCGUAAUGACUAUUGUUUAAUUAGCACAGUUGUAUUCGCAAUUAUGUUAUGCAAUUUCCAGAUAAUUAGUCUUUGAAAAAAAGCUUGGCUUCACAAACAAUAAAUUUAAUUUCCAUUGAA